CUCCAAUGAAUCACAAGAUAGCAUAUUUGUUGCUAGUUAUGAUAAGCUUGGCUUUCAGCCAAGAGCAUCAUGUAGGAGAAGAGAGCCAUUCUGAAGAUUUCCUAGACGGAUUGAUGAAAUCAUCAGAGGAGUUUUCACAGCUGAAUUUAUCCGAAUGUAUCCAGAAACAGCUCGAUACAGGUUUUGAUGGUUUCUUGAUGAAUUUGGAAGACUUGCUUAAGACAAAGGGAGAUGCUAAUUCUCUUGAAGUAUCUCAAGCAACUUCUAAACUUCUCUUAAGUUUAUUAGCUGUGAAUACAGAUUUAUGCAAUAACGAAACUGAUCUGAGACAGGAGCUCCUCAGAAUAUCUGAGGCUCUUGGAGAUAGAACCACCAUUGAGCAUCAUGAUUCACACAAAUCUAUGAAUCUCGACCACAUGCUUCAGAGUUUGCAGGCUCAUGAUUACCAGACUGUUGGAUACAGCAUUGGAACCUUAAUGCAAGAGCUAAUCUCUUCGGAACCUCAAACUGAUUUUGAGAAGUUUGAUACUUUCUGGACUACUUACUAUAAAGCUGCUUAUAACCUAAAUCUCCAUCUAAAAGAAUGCCAACCUUACAUUCAGGAAUCUGCAGAAGAAGUUAUGAGAGGGUUGCAUGUCUUCACUCAUGCCUCUAACCUUGAAGAAAGAGAGCAAGGUGCCUACGACAUGAUGAUGGGCUUGAAUGCAACUGGAGUAGGACUUGAGCAAUGUGGAGAUACUUCAGGGAUCUGGAACUUUGGAUUCGAAAAAUUAGAUAUGUUUUGGGAGAGAUGGAUUGAAGUCCCAAAUGUCUUCGUUAGUGCUUUCACUCACAACCUGAUCUCUUUCCCCAGAGCUAUCAUAAAUACUAUGAGAGCAUACAUGAAAGAACCCUACGAUUAUGAGUUCGGAGCCAGAUCUUUUGGCGAUGCGGUCAGAAUGAUGCUUGAGCAAUUUGGAUAAAUAUCCUUAAGUCAUUAUGGUCCCCUA